GGUUUCACGUGACACAGAUCCUUAAGAACUUCCAGUUCCUCUGGAGGAAACCAGAUAAGACCAUCUUUGCUUCGCAUGAUAUGGGUGGCCUGCAGCAGACAUCCAUCCAUCCCAUCCAGAACUCCACACAGAGAUGCCCGACAUGCGAGGCGUGACAUAAACACUCUCCUUGGAAAACCUAAGCAUUUAAGGAUACAUUUAAACAACCUUUCCUAGCAAAAAUAAACACAAAGCAUACCGCAUGUUUGCUCACAUUGGAAUAAACACACUCAAUCAUCAUCAUCAUCAUCAUCAUAACUCAUCAUAACUUUUAUUUGGAAUACCCUUAGGGUAUUAAAGGGUAUUAAAGGGUAUAAAAGUUUACUGGGAAGGGAGGAAUAAAGCAGGACAAUCAGUUUUGGUAAAGUCACAGGCCCUAUCCCCUAUAGUCUUGAGGUGUCCCCCAUGGUCCUAGUAUGUCCCCCAUGGUCCUGGAAUGUCUCCCAUGUUCCUAGGAUGUCACACAUGGUCCUGGGAUGUCUCCCAUGUUCCUAGGAUGUCACACAUGGUCCAUGAGGUGUCCCCCAUUGUCUUGGGAUGUCCCUCAUGAUCUUGAGCUAACCACCCCCCAUGGUCCUGGUAUGUCCUCUAUGGUCCUGGUAUAUCCCCCAUGGUCCUGGGGUGUCUCCCACGGUCUUGGGGUGUCCCCCAUGGCACUGGGGUGUCUCCCAUGCUUCUGGGAUGUCCCCCAUGGUCCUGGAAUGUCCUUCAUGGCCAUGGAAUGCCCCCCAUGGUCCUGGGGUCCCCUUCUUGGUCCUGGGGUAUGAUGUAUAAUCUACUUCAAUGUGGAUGUAAGUGUAGUGUAAGUGUCGUGCACCGCUGGAGGUAAGAAGGAGUGGAAGGAAUGAGGACGUGAGCAAGUGUACCUGUGGAUGAGUGUUGAGGAGCGUGCACUGUAUUCGGGCACGCGCUCCGAGCAGCCGGUGUGCCGCCACAGAGCUGUCUGACAAACCUUUUGCCCUUUUAGGGGCUGUUUUCCGUGUGCUCCGUGUUGUUCUUUUUCUUCUCAUCAAGGGACAUUUGGUCCAACGGGCACACAAGUGCCUUCCUCAGAAAGUGAAAGUUUACUUAGAGGACGUUACGACAGGCCGUUAACGUCACAGGCAGGGGAAGAAAGGAGCGCUUGAUUUGCUGACCUGCACUGUCAGGGCAGUCUGCCCUCUUUGGGGUCUUUUGUAAAUGAUCAGCUAUCUGAGCUAUUUUUACUGUGGAUGUCAUUUCCUCACAUAGGUCUGAUAAAUAUGGCACAGAUAAACAAUACAGCAGAGAUCAUGUGGCCUUUUGGGGGGAGGCCCCCACCCUGACGUACAAGAUGAGACAUAGUGAAAAAGUAGAAGAUGACAAACGACUUCUUUAUGCUUGCUAAUCAGCAAAUCAACUGCAAAAACUUGGAAUUGAUCUUUAAAUCGGUACCUUGGUGUGAACUGAACGCCUGAAGUCAAAAGUUGCAUAACAUUCAUAUGUUGCAUAAGUUGCAUAACGUCUUAGAUGCAUAUAGACGCAGGCAUGUAGGCCCCUUUCCAGACAUCUAUUUUUGUACUUGUACAUUCAAUAAGUAGCAGCUGUGUAUUCUUGCUGAUAUUCAUCCCGCAGUAAAGCUUAGCAGGGUUGUUUUGUUGCAUCGUCCUGAAGUCAGGAAGUGGCGUGCAACUCAGGACCACUUGGAUCCAUCCUUCUGGAUGAAGUGGAUGAAGGGGAAUAUUGUUCCGCUUACCGGCGUGGGUGCUUCCUGGGCUCCUGGGCUCCAUGUGCAGCAGCCCGGCACAGUGCAGCGUACGUCAGAGUACGCCGUGUACUCUGCUAUUUUCACUCAUCAAUGAUUUCAUCAUGUGACCCAUCAAAGGGCACACGGUGCUGUCUUUGUGACUGGGAGCAUAACUGUUUUGAAGCGGGUGGCCUGAGAUGAUGGGAUCGCAUCAUCGAGGAGGCGAUAGGCUCGAUACAAUGGGUGGUAUCACUGUCGGAUCAAAACUAGCGAUGCAAUUGAUAUUUGUCACUUCUCUUCUCUUGUGGCUAUUGUUAUAUUUCUAAUGAUGCUUAUAGACGGAGGAAGCAGCAUCUGCAGAUAUUCACAUUGGAAUUCAUGUGAUUUGAUGUUCCUUUCCAAAUGUUUUCAUUGAGGGUCAAAUGCAAUUAAAGGAUGCAGGGGAACUUUGAUAUUCUUGACUUUAAUUGAUUUUUUUUUCAUGAGACUAUGCUAAAAGCGCUCCAGUGUAGGCCAAGGGAUGCUACACUGUUCAAUAUAUUUCUAUACGAAUUAUUAGUGCGAAAUUUUCAUUUACCAAUAAUUAAUAUUUCAAUGUUUGUAAAGUCCCAUGUGAUGUAUACAAUAUUCCCAUUGGAAAAAUGGGCCACAUAAGACCCCGGUGUCACAGGUUGUAGAGCCCUGUGUUAACGCACCCUGUGAAAAGGUUAUGUACAGUAUGUACGGGUGUUAUUUGUUCUGCAAAUUGUUCAACCUGUCAUUUAUUGACUGGACUGGAUUUAAAAGUGACUUGUUUUACUGGUGUAGUCACGGGUUUCUUUUUAACCGUCAAAGGUUAGUGAGGAACUUUGGCAAGGCCGCCCAGUGUUUCUUAUCGACUGCUUUAAAAGGGGGGACGCGACUUUGCGGGAUGCAUUCAAUGAUGCCACACUAAGUCGUCUUCGUCCGAACCAUAGCGUUAUACUAUUUAGCUGUGUAUUUUAAAUAACUUUAUACAACAACAUUAGUUUUGUGGAAACUGUUUGAUUUAUGUUUUAGUUUCAUGAAGGCAUGCAAGCGGUAAACGUUUAAACAUCUUUAUCACCAUUUGAAAGUACCUUUAGCACAUUUAAAUAGUUUUUUGUUUGGUUUGCUUUUAAAAUUGUUAUUUUACCAAAAAAAAUCACAACAACAAAGAAAAAGAAAUACACGUUAAAAACCGCAGUUCGUUACAUUUUCUAACGUUUCAGGUUGUGUGGUCUUGAAUGCCUCCCCCGUCGGGGACCGAUCUGUAAAUAAGGAACAGGUUGAGCUUGCAAAGUUCCUCACUUAGCAGGUUGAGACUUUUCGAGGUGAUGGCUGGCAUCGUUUGGACGCGGUGUGUCAACUGGACCUUCAUGAAAGCUCUUAAAGGCAACCGAAUCCCGACAGCUCGUCCGUUUUACCGGGCAACGUCGACCAGGAUGGCCGGCGUCCUCACGAGUGGUCGGACAGCAGUGGUGGUGGGACUGCCCGCUCUCUCCUGCCUGCUGUAUGGAUCUGUAUGGAUCCACAAGGUGCGGACCUCUGCUGUGGUCCUGGCGCUAGAACAAGAGGAGGUUUUGGAGCAGGCGGACUACCUUUACAGCUGUGCCGAGACAGAGAAACUCUACCAGCUUCUACUGCAGCACAAGCACAGCGAUAACGCAGAGUUCCUGUGGCGGCUGGCGCGAGCUUCACGUGACAUGUCGGUGCUCCCUGACACGGGUGCGGGAAGGAAGCAGCAGUUGAUGUACGAGGCCUUCGAAUACGCCAAAAAAGCUCUGGAGAAAGACGACACGUGUUUUGCAGCACACAAGUGGUACGCCAUAUGCAUCAGUGAUGUGGGGGAUUACGAGGGCGUCAAGGUGAAAAUUGGAAAUUCCUACAUCAUACGAGAACAUCUGGAGCGAGCCCUGCAGCUCAAUCCCAAAGAUGCCACGUCGUUACACAUCCUGGGAUACUGGUGUUUUGCUUUUGCCGAGCUGCCGUGGUACCAACGCAAGGUGGCGGCGGUGAUCUUUGCGUGUCCUCCCACGUCCACGUACGAGGAGGCUUUGCAGUUCUUCUUGCAAGCUGAGCAGGUGGAUCCCAACUUCUACAGCAAAAACCUGCUGAUGCUGGGGAAGACCUACAUGGCUCUGAAGGACGAGCGGCAGGCUGUGCUGUGGUUGGAGAAAGCUAAAGAUUACCCCGCGCACACGCUGGAGGACAAGGAGGUCCACAAAGAAGCUGUUGACCUCUUAAAGAAGUUCAGAUGAAGCUUUGAUGGGACCUCUAGGACUUGAACUUGAUGUCAUUCCUGCCUUGACGACACAUGUCCAAACAUCUCCAGCUUUCCACCGUCGUGUCAUUUCUACCAAGUAAAAGCCCAGUCAUGCCAGGGGGCGGGGUCAGUCACAUAUUUAUUUCUCUCUCGUCUUCAAAUGGCUCAAGCUCAUAAUAUGCAAGGGCCCUUCUGUACAGUGGUGGCUGUUUACAGUUGCAAUAUACACCCAAUAUGCUAAACUGGGGGAUCAAUGCAGCCCCCGCCCCCACCCCGGAAACGCUCUGUGAUGUGACAAGGCAAGGGUGGCUCUUGUACUUCAUAGUCAUCAUGGUAUAAAGUAUGUAAUCAUGGUAUAAAGUAUGUAAUCAUGGUAUAAAGUAUGUAAUGUAAUGUAGUUUGUACGAUGGAGAGUAUGUUCAUCCACAGGAAGUACACCUUUGAUCCAAUGUACCGUCCGUGUCAUCAUCCCUUCCUUCCUUGACUGGAAGACGUUUUGCUUUUACAGUGGAAGUCCCUUAUGUCAGCAACGUGGUAAUUCAACCAUUAAUCACUGAUUAAUCCAUCAUCCACUUAAUCAUCCACACAUUUGGUAUUUGAGUCAUCUUUAUUUGAAAAAGUAAAUAUCCUGCCUACCCAG